GCCUUGCUCUCGUGAGAUUUCCGUUGCCCACGUGUGCAUGACGUCAGAGCAAGUCGGGAUCAAGUCGGACACAAAUCUAACCGGCAUGCAACGGGCGCCGAUCGCCGGUGAUCGAUUCUGCGCAGACCUGGCUCAUCUCGAACGAGCCUACUGUGACAAAGCCUUCACAACAUCUGGAACUUUAAAGAUUCAUCAGAGAGUUCACACUGGAGACAAUCUACACAGCUGUGAUCAAUGUGGGGCAGCUUUCACACUGAAGAGUACGUUAAUAAUACAUCAACGCAGUCACACUGGAGAGAGGCCGUACAGCUGUGAUCAAUGUGGUAAAACCUUUUCUAGGAGGGAUGGCCUAGUAAUCCAUCAACGUGUUCACACCGGAGAGAAACCGUACCGCUGUGAACACUGUGGGAAAGUGUUUUCUCAGAGUAGCAGCCUUAAAUUUCACAAGCGUGUUCACACCGGAGAGAAGCCGUACUCGUGUGAACAAUGUGGGAAAAUGUUUUCUCGGAGUAGUGGCCUUAAAACACAUCAACGCAUUCACACUGGAGAAAAGCCGUACAGCUGUGAUCUAUGUAGUAAAACCUUUUCUGGGAGGGUUAACCUCGUAAUCCACCAGCGUGUUCACACCGGAGAGAAACCGUACUGGUGUGAACACUGUGGGAAAAUGUUUUCUUUGAGUAGUACCCUUAUAAAACAUCAACGCAGACACACUGGAGAGAAGCCGUACAGCUGUGAACUAUGUGGUAAAACAUUUUCUGAGAGCGGUAGUCUUAAAAGGCACCAGCGUGUUCACACCAGAGAGAACCCAAAAUAGUCUAAUAGUAAUUAGCUUUAAAUAAGCAAAACUACUAAGAGACAUAUAAAAGUGCAGCUUCAAGAAAAAAUAAACAAUAACUAUAUCUAUCUAGAUAGAUAUGUGUAUAUGUUAAUGUAAUCAAGUAUCCUGUAUUAUAAAUUAGGGCUGCACGAUUAUGGCCAAGAUGAUAAUCUCGAUUAUUUUGAUCAAUA